GUUUGAUGUUGAUCACACUUGCUCAAUAGACUUUAGGCAAGGUGUUCGUCACAGGCAGGCCACUUCUGCAAUGAUUGCUGAGCUUGUAGCUCAGCAAUAUAUGGAUGCUUCCAAAAAAACCAUAUACACCUAAACAAAUCAGGGAUGAUUUGUUGUUGCAGUAUGGAAUACCGAUAUCAUACAAGAAGUCUUGGGCUGCAAAGAAAUCUGCCAUGAGAAAACAAUUUGGUUCAGAUUCUGAGGCAUACCAAUUGUUGCCGUCUAUGCUCCAUAUGCUAGACCAAGCUAAUCAAGGAUCUGACGUGUUGCUCAUUAGAGGGGAUAAUGAUGUGUUUCGCUAUUUGUUCAUGUCACUUGCACCAUGGAAGAGAGCAUGGGAGCAUUGCAUUCCUGUUCUUAUUAUCGAUGGUUCUUUUAUGAAGGCGUACUACAAAGGGACAUUACUUACCGCAUGUAGCCAAGAUGCAAACAAACAGAUUGUGCCUUUAGCGUUUGCUGUAUGUGAUUCUGAGAGCACUGCGUCCUGGAAGUGGUUCUUUACAAGGCUCAAAGAGUGCCUUAAACAUCGUGAUGACAUGUACAUUGUGUCAGAUAGACAUAAAGGUAUUAUCAAAGCUGCAAAGACCAUCUUUCCACACGCUUCCCAUGGAUAUUGUUGUGAACAUCUGCGGCGUAAUAUGAGAUCCAAAUUUCGAGGUAAGUCAUCCAACCAUGGUUGGAAAUUUAAAGCUGCAUGGGAGGCUGCAACUGUGAAUGAAUGCUAUCAAUAUUUGUCCAUGUUGGAUGAGGAAGAUGCUAGGAUUCGUCCGUGGCUAGAGAAGAUUGGAACGGAAAAGUGGGCUCGAAGCAUGGCAGUUAAGAGUCGAUGGGGUGUUAUGACCUCUAACUGUGCAGAGGCCAUGAACAGCAUGGAUGCUAAUGCAAGAGAGUACCCUGUCGCUAAGCUUUUGGAUUUUAUCCGAGAAAGAAUGCAAACAUGGUUUGCGGAGCGGCUAGAAGAUGCAACUUCAUCAACUACUCAUUUGACUCUAAAGUUUGAGAAACAUUUAGUUUCAUUGCAGAGGGAUGCUUCAAGGAUGAGGGUUAAACCGUCAUGCCGUUAUGAGUUUGAAGUUGUUGAUAGACUUCGUAGAUCUUUUAUUGUCAAUCUCAAUGACCGAACAUGCACGUGCCGUAUGUUUCAAUUAGAGCAUUUUGUUUGUGUACAUGCUGUAGCUGCCAU